AUGGGUGUGUGCGCUGAGUGCACCCUGUCUAUUUCGUCCCGGCAAACUUCCAUCACAUGCAGCGGUGAGUGUGAUUUCGUCUUCCACACAAAAUGCCUGAACAUUCGCCAAGAAGAUUACGACGUCCUUUUUCGCGACGGUGUCAGCAUAUACAAAUGCACUGACUGCACUCGGCGUCCGUGCGGUGAGGAAAGGCUCGUCAAUGCUGACGUGCUGUCGCCCGGCUCGACUACGCCCACUGCCAUGGGCAGUGACGAACAUCCUGCGAAUUCGGUGGCUACUCUGACAGAGCUGCUUUUGAAAGUCGACCGGCUGGAACCUACAGUGACGUCACUCAAGCUCGAAAACGCUGCUAUGAGGCUGGAACUGAAAAACAAUGACUCAUGUGUCAUGAAGCGCCUGGACUUCGUGAAUACAAACCUUGCGAAAGCCCUCGACGCUUUGUUGACCAUUCAACCAACAGGGCCGGGCUAUGCCAAAGUGGCGGGGAAUGCAACGAGGCAAACAGGUGAUGGAACGCCGCCUGUUCGUCCCAACGCUGCAAACAAGGCACCGGCGAACAACAACGAGACCCAACGACCUUCCAAACAGUCCACUUCUGCUUCCACCGCACCUUCAACGCACUCGGAUAACGUCAGUCCGAGCUCAGGCAAACGCAACCAGCCAGAAGACGGCUGGAAUGAAAUUCAACGCCAGCGGAAGGCAGAAAUACGAGAGGGUGCCCGCAAGUCGACGACUCUGAGGACCGUUCCCCGGGGUCCUGCCCGGAAAGCAUUGUUCGUAACAAGGAUGAACCCGGAUACAACCACGGAAGACAUCGAACAGUUUGUGGCUGAUGUGGUGAAGGACGACACGUUCCUUUUUAAUAUAUUUGUUAAAGAUGUCCAAGACAUCAUUCGCCAUUCGAGCCUCUUGCAGUUCGCUGAUGACCUCAAGAUCUAUAAAAAUAUUUCGUCAUUAAAUGAUUGUGCUCUACUGCAGGAAGAUAUCAACGCCAUCUGUCCAUGGUGUAAAGAUAAAGGGCUUGAUCUUAACAUUGGAAAAACAAAUGUAAUAUCGUUCACGCGGAAGACUAAUCCAACUAACUUUCUCUACUCAGAAAAUUCGUCGAUUACUCGAGUUACGAUUGUGAAAGAUCUGGGAGUGAUGCUAGACUCCAAACUCAACUUUAACUCGCACGCGACAUACGUUGUGAGCUCUUGUUUUCGUCUUCUCGGUGCAAUUUCAAGAUUUAGUAAGUGUUUUUCAAGUGUUUACCUUUUCUACGUACUUUACCGAAUUCUUCCAAAACAUGACUUCUGCACUGUGAUUUGGAACAGCCUUAGUGCUACAGCUUCCAAUAAUGUGGAACGCGUACAGAAGAGAUUUGCCAGAACUUAUCAUUUUAGAUCCCCAUCACACGAUCUAUAUGAUUACAACGAAGUGCUCAGACAAUUGCAAAUCACUAACCUUGCAUCAAAACGAUGCUCGCGUGACCUUUUAUUCUUGUUUAAAUGCAUACAUUCUAAUCACGAUAUUAGCUCUCUGGUCACAUCUAUUAACUAUCAUAUACCCGGUAGAAAUGUUCGUUCUAGUCGCACUUUCCAUGUCAAUUACAGCGAUUUCACGUCACCCUCGGGCCGACUGCAAAACUACUUCAAUCAUCUGGAAUCAGAUGGCAUUGACAUUUUUAACCCUAACCAACCUCAUUUUAGGAAGUUCUUGCUUCAUGUAUUGAAAUAA